GUAUAACUACAACCCUCUAUAUCUAUGCUUUUUCCAGACAAGUGCCACUUUCAACCUACUGGUAUUUUCAUGAUAUCAAUGACACUUUCAGCCAAAUUCUUUUGACCUAGCCCGUGCACUUCGCAAAUCUCCUUCCCACUCAUUCGAAAAAUGACGACCGCGGUUCUCAAAUACAUUGACCCUGCCUCGUACGACCCCAUUGCCACAGAACCUUUCAAGAAGCCUUGGAAUAAAGUCGAUGGACCGGGUUCCUCCUAUAGGCUUUUGGACAAGACUCGACCGGUUGAGAAUCUCCGUGGCCAAGAGGCUAAAUUUUCAACCGAUAAUAGCGGAUUCGCUGUCUAUAAAAGUCCCACGAAAGAGAAACAUUUUACCGAUACAUCUCGGGUGACGACAGACUACUACGCCGAAGUUGAGGGACUUCUCCGAGAAAAGUUGCUGGGUGUCAAGAAAGUAGUCAUAUUCGAUCACACGAUUAGGCGGAGAGAAAAGACAUCUCCACGCGCUCCUGUCCAACUGGUUCACGUUGACCAAACGCCGUAUGCUGCUGAACUCCGAGUGCGUCGCCAUCUACCAGCGAAUGAGGUAGAGGACUUGUUAAAGGGACGGUAUCAAAUAGUCAAUGUCUGGCGCCCCAUUCAGAAUCCCGCCUCAGAUUUUCCCUUGGCUGUUAUUGAUUGGCGAACAAUCUCCCCCUCCGACUUUGUCAAAGUCGAUCUUCUCUAUCCAAAGGACGCCAAAGCAGGAGAAGACAAGGCCCAAGCGCCUGGCUCUGAACACCUGACUGACGGUUACGAGGCUAGAGGGGAGCAGUAUGCUAUUGCUCCAAAUGACAAACACCGCAUCUACUACCAAAAAGACAUGACGCCGGACGAGGCCAUGUUCAUCAAAUGUUUUGACUCACGAAGCGAUACCAUGACCGGGACAACGGGCAUCGCCCAUGGGGCAGGUCAUACAGCCUUUUGCGAUCCCCAGACGCCCAAAGAUGCGCCAGCGAGGCAAAGCAUCGAGGUCAGAUGCCUGGUUUUUUACGAGUCGUAAAACAGGUUAUUCUGAGAAGUCUAAUGGCGUUGCGUGUAAUGAUCCCAUUACUUUGGGAAAGGCUUCGAAGCUGGAAUGAUAGCCACUUUCUUAACGAAGCGUAGGAAGAUGUGGUGCUUGAGCUUGCAAGAGUAGAAUUAAGAGAGUUUUGCAAUUCUAGCCAUAGCACUACACGAAGCACACUGAUAUAAUGAAAUUCAAGUAGCUUGUUCCCC